AAACUACAAAUCCCAUGAGCGACCUGCGAGGUAAUAUAGUUAAUCGAUGGCUUUUCAUAUCAUCAGCGCGUAAACGUCAAUCAUACAAUAUUGCAUAUUUUCUUAAUCGGCAAAGAUUAUUUAAUUACAACCGUUAGAACGUUCCAUAUUUUCAGCGCGCAGUCCUGUCCUUCUGUAGCUCCGAGGGCAUUCCUAAGGCAAAUGGGAGUUUCCAGGAAGUGGCCAUAUUGGAAGCACUACCAAGCUUGUUCCACUGUGUCAGCUAGCUUACAGAGAGAGUGAGACGAGGGCAGUUUUCUUUCGCCCAGCUCGGCAAUAAAACACAUACAUUUCGCACCAUGGCUGCUACGGACGUAGACAUAUUUUCUAAUGAAGAAAAGCGUAACCUCAGUUUGGGCGGCCAUGUUGGUUUUGACAGCCUUCCCGAUCAGCUGGUCAGUAAAUCGGUGACACAGGGUUUCUGCUUCAACAUCCUCUGUGUAGGGGAAACGGGUAUUGGCAAGUCGACGUUAAUGAAUACGCUUUUUAACACAAUGUUUGAGAACGAGGAGGCCAGCCACUACCAGAAUGGCGUGUGUAUGCGGCCCAGAACAUACGACCUCCAGGAGAGCAACGUCCACCUCAAGCUGACUAUCGUGGACACCGUGGGGUUCGGGGACCAGAUCAACAAAGAGGAGAGUUAUAAACCGAUAGUGGACUAUAUCGACACACAGUUUGAAAACUACCUCCAGGAAGAGCUGAAAAUCAAGCGCUCCCUCUUCAACUACCACGACGGGAGGAUCCACAUCUGUCUGUACUUCAUCUCUCCCACGGGGCAUUCGCUGAAAUCUUUGGAUUUAGUUACCAUGAAGAAACUGGACAGCAAGGUGAAUAUAAUCCCCAUCAUCGCUAAAGCCGAUACAAUCUCCAAGAGCGAGCUCCAUAAAUUCAAGAUCAAGAUCAUGAGUGAGCUGGUGAGCAACGGAGUGCAGAUCUAUCAGUUCCCCACAGACGACGACGCAGUCACAGAGAUCAACUCCUCCAUGAAUGCUCACCUCCCCUUCGCUGUGGUGGGUAGCAUCGAGGAGGUUAAAGUGGGAAACAAAAUGGUGAGGGCCAGGCAGUACCCCUGGGGAGUAGUACAAGUGGAGAAUGAGAGCCACUGUGACUUUGUGAAGCUGCGUGAGAUGCUGAUUAGGGUCAACAUGGAAGACCUUAGAGAGCAGACUCACACCAGACACUACGAGCUCUACCGCCGCUGCAAACUGGAGGAGAUGGGAUUCACAGAUACAGACCCCGACUGUCAGCCGUUCAGUCUCCAGGAGACCUAUGAGGCCAAGAGGAAAGAGUUCAUGGGAGACCUGCAGAAGAAAGAGGAGGAGAUGCGACAGAUGUUUGUCAACAAAGUGAAGGAGACUGAGGCAGAGCUGAAAGAGAAGGAGAGAGAGUUGCACAACAAGUUUGAGCAGCUGAAGCACAUGCACCAGGAGGAGAAGAGGAAGGUGGAGGAGAAGAGGCGGGACCUGGAGGAGGAAAUGAACGCCUUCAACCGCAGGAAGGUGGCAGCUGAGACGUUGGCCUUAGCCCAGCCACUCAAGAAGGACAAGGAUAAAAAAAACAGAUCGGUAAAGACUGAGAACCAGUCUGGGGUGAAUCUCUCCAACUCCAAGGUAAUGAUGGCCAAGUCCAGUGUGGAGCCUUUGAAAUGCGACAGCUGGUGGCAGGCCGUACAGUGCUGCACCUGCCUGGUCCACAAUGCCACCUGGAAGCAAGGCCUCUUCUGAGUCUCAGCACCCAUGGAGGGAAGGUGGGGAUGACCAGAGAUCAACAGGGCAUGGAACUGCAAUCAUACAGAAAAAUGGAGACCAAAAUUGUUACAUAUCCACCCACCGUUUCAUUCAUUCAAUCAUCACCAAUUCAUAUCGAUCAUGGACAAUUUUCCACUUCUUCGCUUUACCAGCCAUUCCCAUAUUGCAUUGCUAUCUUAGUAAUCCACCCCCCCCCACCCCCGGGUGUGAUGCCCUCUUUGCUGUGUGCAGUGCUCGUCCGUCUUCCUGUUUUAAGAGUUACUGUAAAACCAACUCGUGGGGCUACCCAUUUGUAAUGCCCAAACCUUUUGUUUGGCCAUUUAAAAAAGUGUGAAGGCAUUUGCUUUUGUAUUUCUCCGCUCUUUAGCAAAUAUUAAGCCGUGUUGUUUGAGCAAAGAAAAAGUUUAGAACUUCAGGUUGUCAUUUAACAUACAGAAUCUAGUGGAAAUGUUGACAGAGCUUGUCUUUGAAUCCACAGCUCAAUCAUAUGUGUUAUGGUGGAAAGUAUGUGCCAAUAUCCCUAUAGAUAGUACCCAUUGUUGUUUGAAAGACAAUGGAGAUAUGACUCCACCAAAUCAAAUCAAAUGUUAUUGGUCGCAUAUGCUUUAUUUAAGUUGUUCAAUGCAAGGUACAUUUUCAGGGGAAUGUAAUUGUGAAAUAGUUAUUGUUGGAAAGUAUUUAUUUGAAAAGUAUUAAGAGGAAAUGUAUUUGUAUUUUACUAUAAUUUUUUUAUGCAUCAUGUUUAUUUUUUAAAUUCUACAAUACUUUGUAUUUUGUAAUAAUAUUAACUAUUGUGAGCUAGGACAAUAUGGAAUAGUUCUUAUGUAUUACACUGUAAUCUACAGACAACUAACUGGUGUUCAUCAACCUCUGAAAUGUUUCAGUAUUCAGCACAAUGUUAUGUUGUUAUAAUUUGAGGAACAUUUUCCUUUGGCCCUGGUGUGAAACAACGCUAAAUGCUUUAAUUCACACAGACAGAAUUCUAUUCCAGAGUGUGUUGGCCAAUGGUUGUGGUUCGUGAAGAUAACAUUGCAGAGACGUCUUACAUUCAAAGUAAGAAAGAUUUAAGAUGAAAAUAACUACUACUAGACUAAAGGAUGAAAUAUGUCUGGUAGUGCAAUUAGUAUUUAAUGCUUAUUUGACUUCCAGUUUGUAGUGUGUAGUAUAAAGUAUGGAUCUUUCCAAGAAGUCAAAUUCCAGUGUGCCAUAAUCUGAAAUACAGCAUGAAAUCUAAUUACACAAAAUGUGCAUACCUGACCGCAUGGUAAUAUUUCAAUUAAUCUAGGCCAGUGGUAUUCGAAGUCUGGGUCGCAACCCCAGGGGGAACUGCAGUGGGAUCGGCAAAAUUAUUCUCUAUAUAUUUUUGGAACAAAAAAUUAAGAGUGCAGAUUAUUGUAUGGGACAAUAUACAAACGUUUUUGAGAAAGAUAAUUAGAAAAAUGCAAUUUUAUUGAGUAAAUGUA